AUGAAAAUAAUUUUAAUUUUGGUUGAAAAGGGUGGAGAUAUGACUGAAAAUAGUAAUAAUAAUAUUACUACCACUACAAACACCAAUGGUAUCGGUGAUAGUGGUAGUAGUAGUAGUAGUAGUGGUUGUCAAAAUAGCGUGACAUCAUCUAAUAGUGGUGGUGCAAUUAACAACAAUAAUAAUGAUAUUAACGAUAAAGAACUGGUGGUUGCUCAACAACAACAACAACAACAACAACAAGCAAAUAGUAAUAGAAAAGUAGUAAAAAUAGUUAGUAAUGAAGGCGAUGAAUAUGAUCUCGAGGAUUGUGUUAUCGAGAUGUGUAGAACCGUAAAGUAUAUAGCAUCGGGCAAAGUCGGUUUUCGUAAUGGGUUGGGUGGAUGGUUCAACAUCGAAGGAAAAUACGUGCUGCACAAGAAGGAAGGUCGUUUGCUAGCGACGAUCUACUCGAAUACCGAACAGGAAUGCAUUCUCUGCUUCCCAGAGAUACGCGGUCAGAUUCUCUCGGCCAUCAUCGACUAUUGCAAAUUUCACUCGUCCAAUCCGACGGCCUCGCAAAUCACCGAACACGACGAACAACUCAUCACAAUGAAGCAACCGAAUCUAUGCGAACUAGCUUCAGCAUCCUAUUAUCUCGAUGUCAAAUCACUCGUCAGUUUGACUUCGCGUGAGAUAGCUGCGCAAAUUUCACAGAAAAGUUCAGAGGAAAUAAGAGAAACCUUUACAAAUUUACAUCUGGCGGGAUACAAUCAAUACUUUUCAUCAUCAAAGUGUUCACAUAAGAAAAAGAAAGAUAAAAUACAACAGAUACAAACCGUACCGAUUGUAGAUGAUAAUCGAACAGUAGAUGAACUAUUAGAGUUUUUAGGUGAAGAUCAAUCGCAGAAAAAGAAGAAAAAGAAUAAAAAACCAAAACAACAACAACAAUCACAGACACAGCAACAACAGAUACAGCAGCAACAGCAACAACAAGUACAAAAAGUAAAUAACAAUAAUAGUAGUAAUCAAUCAUCUUCCAAUACAAAUGGAAAUAACGCGAAAUCUUCAAAUAACAAAUCAACAUCAUCAUCUUCAUCAUCAACAUCAAACUCUGUAAAUAAUUCAAAUUGUUCUUCACUCUCAACAUCACCGAAAUCAAAUUCAUCGACCUCUAUUUCCUCAACACCCAAUUCAAUGUCACCACUGAUCAGUGGAGUCAAUAGCACACCACCAUCAACGACAACAGGUGGUUCACUUAAAAUAUCAAAGAGUUCACCUGAUUUAUUUAAUGCUUCGAUUCACUGCCAAAAAAUGUACAAUAACAAAGAACAGCAAGACGACGACGAAGACGAUGAAAUCGACCCAGAUCUACAAGAGGAAAUCGAUAAAGAAGUGGAAAGUUUUAAACAACGACUAGAUAUGUUUAGUCGACAAUCGGUAUGCAUAUAUGUUAUACAUAAAUAA